GUUCUCUGUUAUCAGUAUGCCCAAUAUGCAAAAGAAAAUGGAGAAACGGAAACGGAGUUCGAAUUAUUUUCCUUUGACAAAGGUAUUACGAGUUUACUGUUAUACAUACAGAUGUAUGUAUAGGAUUAAAUCCCAAAUUUUGCCCAUCUGUGUAGAUCAUAAUUAUGAAAAUCUAUUGGAAACGGACGAAAGAAAAAUCCCAAGGAAAAUACGAACUGAGUCAAAACGUCAAACAAAGGAAGGAAUUUUUAUGGAACUAAUUUAAAGAGUAAACAGCAACAAAGUAUGGAAUAACAGCAAAAUCACCGUAUAAAAUGACCUACCAACUAAAUACAUAUGUAAUAUUGACUACAACGAGUAUUCGUUCUCUCCUGAAUACGUAAGGAGUAAUUCACCAAAGGAUUUGUCUGAAAACAUGCCUACACUGUGAACAAGACACUACAUAAACCUACAUAGCAGUUAUAGUGUGUGUGAGUGUAUGCUCAGAAAAAGAGAGCUCAACAUACAUACAUAUAACUUACAAGCAACAGAGCCAAAUCAACUAAUGUUCCAACAAUCAACAGCCGACCAACCGGUUCAUAUCCUAGCAAAGCCAAAAGCACAUAAACCAUCAUUAGCUGUCUCAGCAGCCAGCCGCCAACUCAGCCAUCUACACUAUUGCCGUCAGCCCGCCGCCAAGGAAUAAACACAAAAAGACACAACAACAGAGGUUAGGCGUACGUACAUUGACGAGUUUGCAAAACGUUUUAGCCAAUCAACUUUAUCAAGCAAACAACUAACCCGCCCAGGAAACUACACAAUCAUUCGGCUCCAAACGCGGUGACGUACUCUUAUUAAAAUGAAUGCCAGUCUCAUUUACGAAAUCCUCAUGUAUUUGAAUUCUUUUUACUUUGGAAUGUACGCCAUAUUUGAAAUUGGUGUCUGUGUACUGAAGGCAAUCGGAUUAAAUUAUACUGCUCAAGAGUUUACGCGAGAAGGGUGCAUAUUACUCGCAUUGUGCAUUGUAGAAACAAUACGAAUUGUAUUAGGUCGGAAGAGCAGUUUAAGCGAUAGAGGCUGGCAAGCAACAGCAUCCGUUAUAUUAACACUGCCCAGUCUUGCUCUUGUUAUCUAUUUAUGUAUUUUUCAAACCGACGUUCUCAAACUCGAAUUGAUUCUGAGUGCCUUAAUGAUAGCCCUCCAAGGUGCUGAACUAGUGUAUGCCGGUGUCUUCAUUUGCACCAUGUGUGGAGAUGUUACGUAUACCUAGCAGUCGAUAAGAAUUUAUAUAAAACUUAUGAAGACCCACAUGGACCAAUUUCACGUAUAAAAUGCUACACGAACAACCAAUGUUAAUCAUACUGGUAAUGAUACUAAUCAAGCAAGAUUAAAGGCGUAUAUGUAAAAUAAGCCCCGUUUUUUUUUUACACCGAAAACGAAAACACAUAACGAACGAAAGUGAAAAUUCAGUGUACUUUUGAGACAAAAAUCAUUCGAUCAACUGCAAAUUUUAUGGUCAGAGUAGCAAGAUAACAGUAAUGAAUUUUUCUGCAAAUCUAAAAAAAAAUGAAUUUCAAUGUUCUAAAAAGUGGAAAAGCAUACAAGAAACUGAGAAGCCAACACAACAGCCAGAAUUUAGGGCAUCUUUCAUAUUUAUGCAGCGAAACAUAAAGCUGACCUGAAACCAAAACUAUCUUUUAUGGACCAAUUGCUAGACACUUGUAGCGAAAAAACAGCAUUUGACGUCGAAAUUGAUAUAUGGUGUUACAAACAUAGUGCUCAUCUUUAAAAGUGUUGUACUAUAUACUUUAUACUAUACCAGGUUGGCAAGUUGUUUUAUCGGUUUUCCUAAUAGCUCCAUGCUUUUUCGGUGUCUCCUACAUAUUGCUGCUACAAGAAUAUAAACUACGUCUGGAAUACGUACUUUGUACUUUAAUGAUCGGUUUAUAUCUGACCGAAAUUUGGUAUG